UCAGCAUAUGGACUUGAAUCACAAGCAAGCCUGCAUCGACCUGGAGAAGGCCACUCAAAUCAUCACACUAGCAUUACAGCAUGAGGUAGGUCGGAACCAGGAGCUCUGCAUGCUGAUUCGUCGUCUGGAGGAGAAGGAGGCGGAGACUGGGCGGAGCCUAACAGAGCAGGUGGAGUCAAACAAGCAGCUGAAGCUGAAGAUUGAUGAACUGCAGAAACACCUGGAGGAGAAGGACCACUCACUAACACAGGCCAACCAGACUGUGGCUUUCCUGAAGAAUGAGCUAAGGGACCUGCAUCAACAUCUGCAAAGCCCCAACAGGAUGGGUCAUGGUGUGGAUGAGUGGCCACAGGGUGGAGAGAGCCAGAUCAAGCAAAUCAGGAGUCCCAGCUCUCCUCUCCAACCAGACCAGCUGACGGCAGCUGAGGAGCCGCUGGUCUGGUCAGAACAGCUGAUGUCGUCUGAGGUCCAACUGGUCUCGUCUGGCGAUCAGAUACCAGCUCUACUCUCUGGGAUUAAAGAAGAAAACGCUGCUCAUGGAUAUGAGGAGUGCAGUCAGUAUGAGAGAGCUGACCCCAGAGUGGAGUACACUGUCCCUUCAGCUGCAGACAUUAAAUUUGAACAGAUCCAGACUCUGCUGGUCUCGUCUGACGGUCAGAGGCUGCUGGAGGCUCCAGUCUCUGAAGAUGAAGAUGAUGAUUGUGAUGAUGAAGAGUAUGGAGAGUACAGCCAUUCAGGAAAAGGAUCGUCUCCCUCCCCUUCAAGCAUACUCACAAAGGAGCAGCCAUACUGCUGCUCUCAGUGUGGCAAGAGUUUCACUUUCAGUCAUAAUCUCAAAGCCCACCUCCGUAUUCACACAGGAGUGAGAAAAUACCAAUGCACCCAGUGUGGCAAGAGGUUCAUUCUACGUAAGCAUCUUGAGGAUCACAAUCGCAUUCACACAGGAGAGAAACCUUACCACUGUACCCAAUGUGGCAAGGGCUUCACUCAAAAGGGAAACCUUAAACUGCACCAGCGCACUCACACGGGAGAGAGGCCUUUCCAAUGUACUCAGUGUGGCAAGACUUUCAAUGAUGGGGCCACUUUCAGGCGACAUAAACUCAUUCACACUGGAGAGAAACCCUUCCAGUGCUCUCAGUGUGGGAAGAGUUUCAUUCAAAGGACAGAUCUCAAAGUACAUCAGCGCAUUCACACAGGAGAGAGGCCGUACCAAUGUACUGAAUGUGGGAAGAGCUUCACUCAAAAGGGAUCCCUCAAAGUGCAUCAGCGAAUUCACACAGGAGAGAGACCGUACCAUUGCACUCAAUGUGGGAAGGGUUUCUACCAAAACAGUAAUCUCAAAGUACAUCUGCGCACUCACACAGGAGAUGCCGUAUAAGUGCGUGGUGUACUGUGAAGCCACCGUCAGUGAAUGAAGUCCCUGAGCCUUCUCGAAUUCCGAACGGCACCAGUUGAACACCGGGUUUGCUGUCGGUGGAAAACCACCUUCUGUAGUUUGAAAAUAGGGAUUCAUUUUGAUGUGCCCAGCUUAUUCACUGUCUUCGCUAGAGUUAAGAGUCAUUGCACGAGAAAACCAGGCAGAGGUCGGGAGAUGGGGGUCGGCCAAAUCGGCUCAUACUUUGUAUGUGUGAUAAGUAUGUGGAACUAUGAACAGCCAGAUACUUAAAACCCUCCAGCUUUUUUUUUGUUCUGGGACCCCUGUCAGAGACCCUCAAAAAUCCAACAAUUCAUGUCUGAAAAUGACUGAAAUUGCAAUGGCUACCCUGAUUAUCCUGAUGUGUUAAAUAUGAACAUAAGCUUUAUAUUUCCAUAGAGCCUAGGUAGCAUAGUUUUAAAGACCAAAAGGUGCACUUCAUAGUUCCACAUACUUAUCACCAUGGAGGUAUUAUAUAUAACUGGAGAGAGUGACUAAGCCCCGCCCUCUAUUCAAAUGAAUGGCGGAGGCUAGGCUAGUAAAUCCGGCCAAUUUUCGUCAACGCCAUAUUGAACACUGGAGCUCCGAUCCAGUGCCAGUCGGCUCUGACCAUGCGCAAAGUUCCAAAGCUGGAAAUUACGCAUGGACCUACAUUGAUUUUAAUUGGACAUUCUGUAAAAAGAGAGUCAUCCUCCAGUUCAGAGGGUGGCGAUAAUGCACAUACCUUGCUUGCCGCGUAACAACAAGCAGAAAAAGUUGCUCGGGAACGCCCACCCGAGUCCAGUGGAAUGUCGCACGGAGUAAUGAUUGGCUGUAGGUACCCGUCCACCAACAUGUGCGCGCAUGAGAGCUCGUGCCCAACACGGAUUUUCGUGCACGGAGCUGGUUCUAAAUGCUCCAUGGGGCGCCAUACUUGAAAAUGACGCUUGCUAACGUGCCGAAGCUAAUCUACGCGGCCUUGACCCCCUGCUUAUCACACAUACAAAGUAUGAGCCGAUUUGGCCGACCCCAUCUUCCGACCUCUGCCUGCUUUUCUCAUGCAAUGAGAUAAUGCUCAUGAGAUAAUACACACCCUUCUCACCUCUGUGCAGUAACACCGUUAGCAUAGCUUAGCAUAGCUCAGUGAGGUGGGCAGCUCCAACUAGCCUAUAGCACCCACUGUUAGCAUAGCUUAGCAUAGUUCAGUGGGGUGGGUAGUUCCAACCGGCCUAUAACGCCCACUGUUAGCAUAGCUUAGCAUAGUUCAUUGAGGUGGGCAGUUCCAACUGGCCUAUAGUACCCAAAAGUGACAAAAGAACUCCAACAUGUCCGCAUUUACAUGUUAUGACUUAUUUCUAAAAUUCUAUCUGUCUACCUAUCUUUCAGCUGUAGGCCUACACUCACACACACAACACAAAUCACAAUAGGACAGCGUAUGCACAUUCACAUUCUCAUGUAGAUGUAUUAAUGGCAGGUCUUGCAGCCCCGUAGAUAUACUACUCACUGAUAGUUACAACACAUAGGCUACAAACAGCCAAUUUUAUAAGCAUAAUAUUAUACAAACUUGGAAUGUUAUCCUUCAGGAAAAGCACUGCUACUUUUGCAGUGAUUUACACACAACACCUGAAAAGCUAGUAGCAUGUAGUUCCAAGAUGCUUAGAAAUUUGCUGUGUUGCAUUUUACAUUUUACAUUGAAAUACCAUGGGUGCUUUAACUAAUCUUUAUUUCUCAGUCAGUGCUUCUUACAGGCCUUAGAAAAUACAAGGAGGACACCUAGUGGUGUAUCUGGGUGCCGUUAAUAUUUUUUGUCAUUUAGAUGUUGGCAACAAAGUUGUCUCUCAGAGCCUUGUUAAGCAAAAUGUUUAUAUAUUUAAAAAAAUUAUUAUUAUUAUUUCUAUCCUGUUGCAGCAACAAGAAGGCUGUUAGAACACACACACCAUUUGUACUUUUCAAAUGGUAUGUAAAUUGAGUUGUUUUCUUUAAUGGUAAUUAUUUUUAUAUUGUGGCCUCCCCUGGCGUAUU